GCCGCCGAGCCCGCUCUCCCUUCGGGAUAACCCCCCCACUCUCUAAGCUUAGAUUCGCCUGGCCGCCGCUGCUCCUCCCCCCCCGGCUUCUGUGGCACUUUAUUGGGGGGGGCGUGCUCUUCCUUUCCACCUCCCUUCUUUCGAGGACGAGCGAAAAUAAUAAGUGACAACAACACUAAACUCUCGAGUCGGUGGAAGGGACGCAGCUCUGGAAGCUGCGGAGUGUGAAUUCCCGAGGAGGCUCCUUUCCCUCUCCAAACCCCGCCGCUGCCCCCUCGCCCGGCAGGACCGGGCACGGAAUUUGCAACACUUCUCUUUUUUUCCUCCCACCCCUCCUGCCCUUCCCGUUCGACGUCCCCAGUUCGGUCGGCCAAGCGGGCGGUGCUGCCUUUCGCCUCGGCGCUCUUGGGCUGACUGAGAAGAGAGGAGGAGGGAAAGUCCGAGUUGAGGCGCCUCGGUGAAUAAUUGAAUGUAUAGAAGAAUUCCAGGUGGUAUUAUCUGACGUGCAUACAGAAGGAAUGAAGCAUGGAUGUGAAAGAACGCAGACCUUAUUGCUCCCUGACAAAGAGCAGAAGAGACAAGGAAAGGCGUUAUACAAAUUCUUCCACAGAAAAUGAAGAAUGCAGAGUGCCUACUCAGAAGUCCUACAGUUCAAGUGAAACCUUGAAAGCUUUUGAUCAUGAUUCUUCCAGACUGCUGUAUGGAAAUCGGGUAAAAGAUUUAGUUCCCAGGGAAUCUGAUGAAUAUACCAGACAAGGACAGAAUUUUACCCUAAGACAGUUAGGAGUUUGUGAACCAGCGACUCGAAGAGGACUGGCAUUUUGUGCUGAAAUGGGGCUUCCCCACAGAGGUUACUCUAUCAGUGCAGGGUCAGAUGCUGACACUGAAAAUGAAGGAGUGAUGUCUCCAGAGCAUGCCAUGAGACUAUGGGGCAGGGGGGUGAAAUCAGGCCGCAGCUCCUGUCUCUCAAGUCGUUCCAACUCAGCUCUUACUUUAACUGAUACAGAGCAUGAAAACAAGUCCGACAGUGAAAAUGGCACUGCUCAGUCCACCCUAUGUUGGAAUACUGCAUAUCAUGAUGAGGAUCUAAUCCUGAUUGGAGAUACUGAAUGCCACGAAAAUACAAGUCCUCCCAUGCCAUCUUCUUCAUCUAGUCAAUCCGUUAUUGAACAUUUACAUUCCCCUCCUCCAUCUCCAAAUCUCCAUGACAACCAGAGAUGGUUGCUAAGUACUAGUGCUAUCCAGCCAGUUCAGGACUCUGACACUGAUGAGGACUAUACUGCCAGCUCUUACCUAGUACAGACCGGUCCUGUUUCAGUUUUUGCCUCAGGUCAUGAGCAACCUCCAAAUAACCAAGGCCAGUCGACCCUGCAACCUUUGCCACCUUCUCACAAGCAGCAUUCAGCACAGAAUCACCCAUCUAUCACCUCCCUUAACAGAAACUCACUGACAAAUAGGAGGAACCAGAGUCCGGCCCCGCCGGCUGCUUUGCCCGCCGAGCUGCAAACCACACCCGAGUCGGUCCAGCUGCAGGACAGCUGGGUCCUUGGCAGUAAUGUGCCACUGGAAAGCAGGCAUUUCCUAUUCAAAACAGGAACAGGGACAACACCACUGUUCAGUACUGCAACACCGGGUUACACAAUGGCGUCUGGCUCAGUUUAUUCCCCUCCUACACGACCACUACCUAGGAACACCUUAUCAAGAAGUGCUUUUAAAUUUAAGAAGUCUUCAAAGUACUGUAGCUGGAAAUGUACAGCACUCUGUGCUGUUGGGGUGUCUGUGCUUCUGGCAAUACUGCUAUCUUAUUUUAUAGCAAUGCAUCUAUUUGGCCUCAACUGGCAAUUACAACAGACUGAAAAUGACACGUUUGAAAAUGGAAAAGUGAAUUCUGAGACUGUGCCAACACACACUGUAUCAUUACCUUCUGGUGAAAAUGGUAAAUUAGGAUUUACACAGGAAAAUAACACUAUAGAUUCUGGAGAACUUGAUAUAGGUCGAAGAGCAACACAAGAUGUUCCACCUGGGAUCUUCUGGCGGUCACAAGUCUUUAUUGAUCAACCACAGUUUCUAAAAUUCAAUAUCUCCCUUCAGAAAGAUGCUUUGAUUGGAGUAUAUGGCCGAAAAGGUUUACCACCUUCACAUACGCAAUAUGAUUUUGUAGAACUUUUGGAUGGGAGCCGAUUGAUUGCAAAGGAGCAGCGUAACCUUCUUGAGACAGAGAGAGCAGGCAGACAGACAAGAUCUGUUAGCCUUCAUGAAGCAGGGUUCAUUCAGUAUUUGGAUGCUGGGAUCUGGCACCUGGCUUUUUACAAUGAUGGAAAAAAUGCAGAGCAAGUGUCUUUUAAUACGAUUGUUAUAGAGUCUGUGGUUGAAUGCCCUCGAAAUUGCCAUGGAAACGGAGAAUGUGUUUCAGGAUCAUGCCAUUGUUUUGCUGGCUUUCUUGGCCCCGAUUGUUCAAGAGCAGCCUGCCCAGUAUUGUGUAGUGGCAAUGGGCAGUACUCCAAAGGACGUUGUUUAUGCUAUAGUGGUUGGAAGGGUACAGAGUGUGAUGUGCCUACCACCCAGUGCAUUGACCCUCAAUGUGGAGGUCGUGGGAUUUGUAUUAUGGGCUCUUGUGCCUGCAACUCUGGUUACAAAGGAGAAAACUGUGAAGAAGCUGAUUGUUUAGAUCCAGUCUGUUCAAAUCAUGGUGUAUGUAUCCACGGAGAGUGUCAUUGUAAUCCGGGUUGGGGUGGUAACAACUGUGAAAUACUGAAGACAAUGUGUCCGGACCAGUGUUCUGGCCAUGGCACGUAUCUACAAGAAAGUGGCACUUGUAAUUGUGAUCCUAAUUGGACUGGCCCUGAUUGCUCUAAUGAAAUCUGCUCUGUUGACUGUGGUGCUCACGGUGUCUGCAUGGGUGGAACAUGUCGAUGUGAAGAAGGUUGGGCUGGAGCAUCUUGCAAUCAAAGAGCAUGCCAUCCUCGGUGUGCUGAACAUGGAACUUGUAAAGAUGGGAAAUGUGAAUGCAACCAAGGCUGGAAUGGCGAGCACUGCACAAUUGCUCACUAUUUGGAUAAAAUAGUUAAAGCAGACAAGAUAGGAUAUAAAGAGGGAUGCCCUGGCCUGUGUAAUAGUAAUGGAAGAUGUACUCUUGACCAAAAUGGCUGGCAUUGUGUUUGUCAGCCUGGAUGGAGGGGAGCAGGAUGUGAUGUCGCCAUGGAAACUUUAUGUACUGACAGCAAGGACAAUGAAGGAGAUGGAUUAGUUGACUGCAUGGAUCCUGACUGCUGUUUGCAGAGUUCCUGCCAAAACCAGCCUUACUGUCGAGGAUUGCCUGACCCACAAGAUAUUAUUAGCCAAAGUCAGCAAUCACCAUCUCAGCAAGCUGCUAAAUCCUUUUAUGAUCGGAUCAGUUUUCUUAUAGGACCAGAAAGCACGCAUGUUAUUCCUGGGGAAAGCCCGUUCAAUAAGAGUCUUGCAUCUGUUAUAAGGGGUCAAGUAUUAACAGCAGAUGGAACACCACUAAUUGGAGUUAAUGUCUCCUUUUUACAUUAUCCAGACUUUGGUUAUACAAUCACUCGUCAAGAUGGAAUGUUUGACUUGGUGGCAAAUGGUGGUGCAUCAUUAACUUUAGUGUUUGAACGAUCACCAUUCCUUACUCAGUACCAUACAGUCUGGAUUCCCUGGAACGUCUUCUAUGUCAUGGACACCCUUGUCAUGAAGAAGGAGGAGAAUGACAUUCCUAGCUGUGAUCUGAGUGGGUUUGUGAAACCAAAUCCCGUAAUUGUGUCAUCACCUUUAUCUACCUUGUUCAGGAUCUCCCCCGAAGACAGCCCUAUUAUUCCUGAGACACAGGUGCUCCAUGAAGAAACUGCAAUUCCAGGAACUGAUCUGAAAUUGUCAUACUUAAGCUCCCGAGCGGCGGGGUAUAAAUCUGUACUUAAGAUCACAAUGACACAGUCUGUGAUACCAUUUAAUUUAAUGAAAGUUCAUCUCAUGGUGGCAGUAGUAGGAAGACUUUUCCAAAAAUGGUUCCCUGCAUCCCCAAAUUUGGCUUAUACAUUUAUAUGGGAUAAAACUGAUGCAUAUAAUCAAAAGGUCUAUGGUUUAUCUGAAGCUGUUGUAUCUGUUGGUUAUGAAUAUGAAUCUUGUUUGGAUCUAACACUGUGGGAAAAACGGACAGCCAUUCUACAAGGUUAUGAACUGGAUGCCUCCAACAUGGGUGGAUGGACACUGGACAAACACCAUGUAUUAGAUGUUCAAAAUGGAAUCCUAUAUAAAGGCAAUGGGGAAAAUCAGUUUAUCUCUCAGCAACCACCAGUUGUCAGUAGUAUAAUGGGUAAUGGCCGACGGCGCAGCAUUUCUUGCCCAAGUUGCAAUGGUCAAGCAGAUGGCAAUAAACUCUUGGCUCCAGUUGCCCUAGCUUGUGGAAUUGAUGGAAGUCUGUAUGUAGGAGAUUUCAACUAUGUUCGACGGAUAUUCCCAUCUGGAAAUGUAACAAGUGUACUUGAACUAAGAAAUAAAGAUUUUAGACAUAGCAGUAAUCCCGCUCAUAGAUAUUAUCUUGCAACCGAUCCAGUCACAGGAGAAUUGUAUGUUUCUGAUACAAAUACAAGACGGAUUUAUCGUCCAAAAUCACUUACAGGAGCAAAAGAUCUGACAAAAAAUGCUGAUGUAGUAGCAGGGACUGGAGAACAGUGCCUUCCAUUUGAUGAAGCACGAUGUGGCGAUGGUGGCAAGGCUGUAGAAGCUACUCUGAUGAGUCCGAAAGGAGUGGCAGUAGAUAAGAAUGGAUUAAUCUAUUUUGUUGAUGGGACUAUGAUCAGGAAAGUGGACCAAAAUGGAAUAAUAUCAACAUUACUUGGUUCAAAUGAUCUGACUUCCGCGCGACCAUUAACAUGUGAUACCAGCAUGCAUAUCAGCCAGGUACGUCUAGAGUGGCCAACAGAUUUAGCUAUCAACCCAAUGGAUAACUCCAUAUAUGUGCUGGAUAACAACGUAGUGCUUCAAAUUACAGAAAAUCGGCAAGUCCGUAUAGCUGCUGGAAGACCAAUGCACUGCCAGGUUCCUGGAGUGGAAUAUACAGUAGGAAAACAUGCAGUACAAACUACCUUAGAAUCAGCCACGGCUAUUGCUUUGUCUUAUAAUGGGGUGCUUUACAUUACAGAAACAGAUGAAAAAAAGAUAAACAGAAUAAGACAAGUAACAACUGAUGGAGAAAUCUCAUUAGUUGCUGGAAUACCUUCUGAAUGUGAUUGCAAAAACGAUGUUAACUGUGACUGCUAUCAAAAUGGUGAUGGCUAUGCUAAAGAUGCCAAACUCAGUGCCCCUUCUUCCUUAGCUGUAUCACCUGAUGGAACACUGUAUAUUGCAGAUCUUGGAAAUAUUCGAAUAAGAGCUGUGUCAAAGAACAAACCAUUGCUGAAUUCCAUGAACUUUUAUGAAGUUGCCUCUCCAACUGAUCAGGAGCUCUAUAUCUUUGAUGUCAAUGGCACUCAUCAGUACACAAUGAGUUUAGUCACAGGAGACUAUCUUUACAAUUUUAGCUACAGUAAUGAUAAUGAUAUAACUGCAGUUACUGACAGCAAUGGAAAUACCCUUCGAAUUAGGCGUGACCCCAAUCGGAUGCCAGUAAGGGUAGUAUCUCCAGACAAUCAAGUCAUCUGGUUAACCAUAGGAACCAACGGUUGCUUAAAAAAUAUGAUAGCACAAGGACAGGAACUAGUCUUGUUUACAUAUCAUGGCAACAGUGGCCUCCUAGCAACUAGAAGUGAUGAAAUUGGAUGGACAACAUUUUUUGACUAUGACAGUGAAGGCAGAUUGACCAAUGUCACAUUUCCAACUGGAGUGGUCACUAAUCUACAUGGAGAAAUGGAAAGGGCUAUUACUGUAGACAUUGAAUCAUCUAGCAGAGAGGAUGAUGUCAGCAUCACUUCAAAUCUAUCCUCAAUUGAUUCUUUCUAUACAAUGGUCCAAGAUCAAUUAAGAAAUAGCUACCAGAUUGGAUAUGAUGGGUCUCUCAGAAUCAUCUAUGCCAGUGGUCUGGAUACACACUACCAAACAGAACCACAUGUUUUAGCAGGUACAGCCAAUCCAACUGUAGCAAAAAGAAAUAUGACUCUUCCUGGAGAAAACGGACAGAAUUUAGUGGAGUGGAGAUUUCGAAAAGAACAAGCACAAGGCAAAGUGAAUGUGUUUGGCCGUAAGCUCAGAGUUAAUGGUAGGAACCUCCUUUCAGUUGACUUUGAUCGGACUUCAAAGACAGAGAAGAUUUAUGAUGAUCACCGUAAAUUUCUACUGAGAAUCGCCUAUGAUACUUCAGGCCAUCCAACUCUCUGGUUCCCAAGCAGCAAGCUUAUGGCUGUCAAUGUUACCUAUUCAUCUACAGGUCAAAUUGGUAGCAUCCAACGAGGCACUACUAGUGAAAAAGUCGAUUAUGAUGGACAGGGAAGGAUUGUAUCUAGAGUAUUUGCUGAUGGUAAAACAUGGAGUUACACAUAUCUUGAAAAGUCAAUGGUUCUCUUACUGCAUAGCCAACGGCAGUAUAUCUUUGAAUAUGACUUACUGGAUCGGCUUUCUGCAAUAACCAUGCCCAGUGUAGCUCGCCAUACUAUGCAGACUAUCCGUUCUAUUGGCUACUAUCGGAACAUCUAUAAUCCUCCAGAAAGCAAUGCCUCUGUCAUCAUGGACUACAAUGAAGAAGGACAGUUGUUACAAACUGCUUUCUUGGGCACAAGCCGGAGAGUCUUGUUCAAAUAUCGAAGGCAGACCAGGCUUUCUGAAAUUCUAUAUGAUAGCACAAGAGUGAGUUUUACUUACGAUGAGACAGCAGGAGUUCUGAAAACAGUAAACCUCCAGAGUGAUGGCUUUAUUUGCACCAUUAGAUACAGGCAAAUUGGUCCAUUGAUUGACAGGCAGAUUUUCCGCUUUAGUGAAGAUGGAAUGGUAAAUGCCCGAUUUGACUACAGCUAUGACAAUAGCUUCAGAGUGACUAGCAUGCAAGGUGUUAUCAAUGAAACUCCAUUGCCUAUUGAUCUCUACCAGUUUGAUGACAUAUCUGGAAAAGUUGAGCAGUUUGGAAAAUUUGGGGUUAUUUAUUAUGAUAUUAAUCAGAUAAUUUCAACAGCUGUAAUGACUUACACAAAACACUUUGAUGCUCAUGGUCGCAUAAAGGAAAUUCAGUACGAAAUAUUCCGUUCACUUAUGUACUGGAUUACAAUUCAGUAUGACAACAUGGGCCGAGUAACUAAAAGAGAAAUUAAAAUAGGCCCAUUUGCUAACACUACCAAGUAUGGUUAUGAAUAUGAUGUUGAUGGCCAGCUACAGACAGUUUACCUUAAUGAGAAAAUAAUGUGGCGCUACAACUACGAUUUGAAUGGCAAUCUCCACUUGUUGAAUCCAAGUAAUAGUGCUCGAUUGACACCACUGCGAUAUGAUCUAAGGGACAGAAUCACUCGACUUGGUGAUGUUCAAUACCGGUUAGAUGAAGAUGGAUUCCUGCGACAGAGGGGCACUGAGAUAUUUGAAUACAGUUCAAAGGGCCUCCUUACCAGAGUUUAUAGCAAAGGCAGUGGAUGGACAGUGAUAUAUCGUUACGAUGGACUUGGAAGACGUGUUUCCAGUAAAACCAGCCUGGGACAGCAUCUUCAAUUUUUUUAUGCAGAUCUCACAUAUCCAACAAGAAUAACUCAUGUGUAUAAUCACUCAAGCUCUGAAAUCACCUCUCUCUAUUAUGACUUGCAAGGACAUUUAUUUGCCAUGGAGAUUAGCAGUGGAGAUGAGUUUUACAUCGCCUCAGACAACACUGGAACCCCGCUGGCUGUUUUCAGUAGUAAUGGUCUAAUGCUGAAGCAGAUUCAAUAUACUGCCUACGGCGAAAUCUAUUUUGAUUCUAACCUUGAUUUCCAGUUGGUGAUAGGAUUCCAUGGAGGUCUUUAUGACCCACUAACCAAACUAAUUCAUUUUGGUCAAAGAGAUUAUGACAUACUGGCAGGCCGUUGGACUACACCUGAUAUUGAAAUUUGGAAAAAAAUAGGGAAAGAUCCAGCUCCUUUUAACCUGUACAUGUUUAGAAAUAACAAUCCAGCCAGCCGAAUACAUGAUGUGAAAGAUUAUAUCACAGAUGUUAACAGCUGGCUGGUGACAUUUGGUUUUCAUCUACACAAUGCGAUCCCAGGUUUCCCUGUGCCUAAAUUUGAUUUAACUGAACCCUCCUAUGAACUUGUGAAGAGCCAGCAAUGGGAUGAUGUACCGCCAAUUUCUGGAGUGCAACAAGAAGUGGCAAGGGAAGCAAAGGCUUUCCUAUCCCUAGGAAAGAUGGCAGAAGUCCAGAUCAGCAAACGCAGACCUGGUAGUGAGAAAUCCUGGUUGUGGUUUGCAACUGUGAAAUCUUUGAUUGGAAAAGGAGUAAUGCUUGCUGUCAAUCAAGGCAAAGUACAGACCAAUGUGCUUAACAUUGCAAAUGAGGAUUGUAUCAAAGUGGCAGCUGUUCUGAAUAGUGCAUACUACUUGGAAAACCUGCACUUCACUGUUGAGGGAAAGGACACGCAUUAUUUCAUUAAAACUACUUCACCUGAGAGUGACCUGGGCACGUUGAGAUUGACGAGUGGCCGGAAAGCACUGGAGAAUGGCAUCAAUGUCACAGUUUCCCAGUCCACCACGGUAGUGAAUGGCAGGACUCGUAGGUUUGCUGAUGUUGAAAUGCAGUACGGUGCACUGGCUCUUCAUGUCCGCUAUGGCAUGACCCUUGAUGAGGAGAAGGCACGGAUAUUAGAACAGGCUAGGCAAAGGGCUCUCUCCAAUGCCUGGGCCAGAGAACAGCAACGAGUAAGAGAUGGAGAGGAAGGGGCCAGGCUAUGGACAGAAGGGGAAAAGAGGCAACUUUUGAGUGCUGGAAAAGUUCAAGGAUAUGAUGGGUACUAUGUACUCUCUGUUGAGCAAUACCCCGAAUUAGCUGACAGUGCUAACAAUAUACAGUUUCUUAGGCAAAGUGAGAUUGGAAAGAGGUAACACAUUGGUUGAGCUUGGCCUGCCAAAGAGACGGACCCUGUGCCAGUGUCUUCUAAGAGGGGAGACCAAAUAGUUUGCUGCAUUAUUACUUGAGCCUAAAUAUACAUCUUUGCUCAGAUUUUUCUGUAGCACAAUCUGAAUGGACUCUACAACAAAGAGAGAGCCUUCCAGAAGAAUGAUAAUAUUAAAAAGAAAAACUGGAGUUGUGUUUUUUUCUGAAUGACCUUAAAGGUGAUCUGCUUUAAAGAAUAUGUUUACAUAUGCAUAUCGCUGCACUCAAGUUGGACUGAAAGUACUAAAAAAGAAAGAUCUAAAGAGUUUCCAACUGGCUGAGUAUUCCAGUAACUAAGAAAGAAAGCGAUAACAGUGUUUCCAAAUAUUACUAAAUUGUUGACUUUUACUUACAAGAAUUAGUCUUUUUUCCUCCUCCUCCUCCUCUUCCUUCUCCCCCUUCCUCCUCCUCCUCUUCUCUCCUGCUCACUCCCUUUCUCUGCCUAGGAUGUGGUAUAUAAUCUCUGUUCAUGUUAAGCGGAGGACAAGACUCUUUGUGUAUGGACACCCCAAUGGCUUUAACAGUGCUGCUUUUUGAAAGGACACUGGCACAAGCAAUUUAUUCUACAAUCAAAAUUUGGUAAUGGAUUUUACGGUGAUCAUGGGGUUUACCUUGGGGAAAACGGCAAAUAGAAUUCUUGUCACAGAGAAGCAAAGGAAGCUUGAUUUUUUUGUAAAUUAUGUGAGACAAGUUGUUUAUGGAUUUUUAUAUGAAUUACAAUUUACUGUACAUCAAAUAUUAGUCUCAGAGGAGUUAAUUUAUGUAAAGUGUUUAAAAAAGUUUAUACUUAAAUAAAAUAAUAAAAAUAUGCAGUGUGUGAAUUUUUUAAAAGAAUUGCACCUUUUAUUAUGUUAUAGCUGUACAGUAUUAAGAGGUAUAAUGUAGAGAUAUAACAGUGUACAACAGUUGGAUAGAAGUGUUAAUAUUUUUGUAUUAACUUUAACAUGGUGUGUUUUUCUCUUUGGAUUACUUCUGAGAAAGGAUGGAGAAAUCACAGACUAGAAGGAAACGGAGUUGCCACUCUUUUUCCUCCCUCCCUCCCUCCCUCUCUCUCUCUCUCUCUCUCUUUGCUUGAGCCCUGGCAAGCAUGGUUGCAUCAGUCACUGCUAAAAGGAAGGAAGAACAAUUCAGCAAGACUCAUUUGUUACCAUAAAAGACUUUUGUAGGCUGGACAUGCCUUGUUCUCUUUCAGAGCUCAAGGUGUAAUUAUUCUUUUUACAGCUUUCUAAUGUGUGGGGUUUUUUUAAAAAAAAAAUGGGAUGUGAAGUUGUGUUAUGUCAUAAGAGGAACAUUUCCAUACUUCUUUACACAGGAGUAAAUUCCUUUGUGGGAUUUAUUUUUGAUAAAUAAAUUUAGGGCUGGAAGCUCAGAUAUUUAGAGGUUCAUGAAGGCAAGUUGAUGCUGUUCUAAACAUACAGAAUUGGUUCUUACAAUAUGUUUAACUGAGUAAGCUGGAAGUUAAUUAUAUAAUGGAAAUACUAUAUCUGGUCAACCAUGUUGGAAUUAAUAAACAUGGAGUAAUUAGCUCUUUUGUCUUUUGAGGAUUAAGCAACAUCCUAUAGAAGCCUCAUAAAACAGGGUCUUUUAAGGUAGUUUCUAUGGAAGUUUUCAUAAAUACAUCCCUUAGACACAGGAGAGAAUGAGAAACAAGCAAGUCCCAUGCCGGCUGGUGAGAGAGCAAUAACUGAGUUGCUUGUGUCUGGGAACUUGUGAGUCUUUUCGGUUUGUUUAGUUUUGGUUUGGUUCUCUGCAUGUGUGAAAAAGACAUACUCAAUUCUCUUCUGGAAGAAAGAAAAAAAUAGAAUUCUAUCUGGGGCGAUGGAACAAAAAGAAAGUUACCCUAUCAAGUAAAAAAAAUUGAAAAAAUCCAAUAAAUUGAUAAUUUUAGGAUAUCUAAUCAGCAUUUAUGGGUAUCGUAAUGUUUAAGACUUGCCUAUAAAGACACGUGUUAGGACUUGAGAUGUGCUGAUAGAAGAAUUUAAUGUAAAGCGUGCAUAAUUUUCUUAAACCAGGUUAUAGUAUCAGAUCUCUCCUGUUGAAUACCUGAAAACAUCAACCAAAAGGAAUAUUUCUGAAUGGUUUCUAAAUAUAUCUCCAUCAUUGAUAAAAUCCAGGAUGGAACAUAAUUUUCAUGCCAAAUGCCAGCCUCGCACAUUGUUGGUCCAGCACUUUCUUAUUAACAAAUCAAUCAAAAUACCUGUCUCAAGAAGUUUAACAUACUUAAAAAUUCUGUAUUGACUACCUUUUCACUUUUUUCUAGUUAGUUUGUUAGUGCAGAAGUUCGUGUAAAAACUUGAAAUGCUUAGCUUCCAUUUAAAAAAACCCUUCAGGCGCAAAAAAAUAUUGGCAGUUUCUGGUAACCCUCUUAUGGAAAAACACAUUAAAACAAUAUUUUUAUCCCCAAUCCUUUUUUAUAAGUAUAAUAAUACAACUUAACUUGCAAUUGAGCUGAAUGUUGCAUGAUUUGAAAAUACAUUUAAACUUUUUAUCGGUAUUAGUAUUGCAUAAUUUAUAUGUGGGAAGGAAAAAGGAAAAUCUCAAAGGCCUAAUUUCUCUCUUACAUCCUUCGUACUAUUUUCAGCAGCAUAUAUUCAAAAAUAUUAUUUAUUUGGGGAAAACUAGUCCAUUUUCAUUUUUCUGUGCUAAAAAAUCAAGAUAGAAAUGCCAGUUAAAUACAUCUGAAACAUGUAAAGAAAUUACAUAGAUGAUUUUUUUUAAUUGUUUUCUAAUUGCUUUCUGCACUGAGAUUCUGUAAUAGACUUGUGCUUUCAAUUACACAGUGUGUAUCUUGUCAAAGAAUUAUGGAAUGAUCAAGCAAGCCACAGUAGUAUUACUUACCUGUGUCCUGUUGGACACAACCUAUAGAAUAACAAUCUAGACAUUUAGAACAAGUGUUAUUUUAUUACAUUUAAAGUGUAAAAAAAUACUUUAUUGUUAUUUUUCAGACACAAAGAAUCCAAAUUUAGAAAUUAGAAUUUAAAAAAUGCUGAUCAGUGCCAUUAUUUCCUAUCUAAGUUUAAAUCUCAGAACAGCCUGUCUAUAGUUCUGUUGGGUAGAAUUGCAGAGGAUUUUUUUGAAAGCACUGGGUUUUCUGUUCUUUUGGGCUCAUACUGGAAAUACAGUAAUAUGCUGUUUAAUAGAAAUACUGCAACAGAUCUGGUGUAUGACAAGUUGGAAUAGCACUAAGAUUUCUGUUGAUGUGUCCUUGUGCUUUCACAAAUAACCGAAACUUUUAUCUGUUAGCUCAAAUUGAAUGAUGGCCAAUUAACCUUCAUAGGUUUUUAGUAGAUCUUUUUCAUACUGUAAAAAAAUAUCUGAUAUGUUCCUACAUGACAUAGUGACUGUGGGGAAAAUGUAAACAAGUUUUUUUUUAAAUUAAAAUCUGUAUUAAAGUAAUUAGCCUUUGGAAAUUCAGAGUAUUUUAGGCAAAGCCAGUCAAAAUGUUUUCAUGCAAUUUUGAAAUGUAUUUUUUGUCCAAUUUGUAUUGUUCUUUUCAUUUGCCUUCCAAACUUUAUAUGUAUCCUGAAGUUUUCCACAACUUGAUGACUAUAGAUUGCAUCUAGGCUUUCCAAUAAAAGCCAAGCCAAUGUG